UUGUAUGCAUCUUUUUAUUUACAUUUUCUCUGCAGGACUUACAAAACUUUACUUACUCCAAGGCACUUAGGCAGUACACUCAGCUUUAAGUUUCACACUUUCAGUACGCGAGGAGCUUUCAAGUCGAGAGCGCGUCUCAUCGCGAGCCUUUACGACAUACGUAACUGAAAUAUUGAGUGAACUAUUGUUAGUAUGCAAUCUUUUUCGGAGAUUUUCAACUCUUCACGUUUAAGAUGAAAGCGUGGACUACUCACGAUCAAGAUACGACGCUGUUCUGCUGUCGGACAUUACAUGUCAAGCAUGCUGCUUACGCCAGUGCUUUGUAUACCUUGAAUAUAUCAAUAUUAGUGGUACUAUUGUACAGUUGGAGGAUCGGAGUUAAUGCCAAGAAGUAUAAGGAACUUGACGAUGUUUAUUAUGGUGUACAGAUAGCAUACUUCGCGAUAAUAGGAACGCAAAUGUUCAUGAUUGUCCUUAGUAUAUUUCUUUUCUAUGGGAUUUAUAAAGAAAACGUCGCUUUCUUGGUGCCGUGGGUUGUUGGUUGUAUGACUUUCAUGGCUUUGGAGGCAAUGGCUAUGGUUUAUUCAAAUAUUUUAAGGGAUCACGUUAACAAGCAAUUCGACGCGAUGUGUAAAGCAGAAAUAUCUUUUUUAAUUCCGAGAAUAUUGUUAAAUUGUUUAUGCAUUUGGUGCGUCCUGCGACUUUAUCACCUCCUAAGAGCAGGUGUAACUUGGAAAGGGGCGGCCCCGAUUGAGCUGUGACUAUUACCCAAAGAAUCAAAGGACUCCACAGUUCCUUGCGAAUCGAGCCUGUUGCUAGGCAACGUCGAAAGUGAUACAGACGCUAGUAUGCAUUCUCUAUGACACACUGUGUAUGUGUUAAACUCGUAUUACGUUGUGAUAAAUUGAGUAUAUGUGUACAAAGAAAAUAGCGUUAUUAAAUUGUUAUGUUUCAUUAUGACUACGUUGAGUCUUAUAUGUUUGUAAAUUGAUAUUGUAAAAGCUAUGCGAAGCCAUGUUUAUUUUAUUUACACUUAGUAUAGAACGUAGAACCGCUUACGACCAGAAGAAGCUUAUAAUUAAUUUCAUAUAAAAUGUUAUUCUUGAUAAGAUUGUGAUUCUAUCAUUACAAUAAACUUAGUACUCCAAUAGCGAAACAUGGUCCGAACUGACGACCUUGGCUUAUCGUGGCGUUUAACCACUGGGUAACACUGCUCUGUUUAUAUUAAUAUUAACAUACCAAUGAAAUUAAGAGGAUAUCUUUGAGUUAAGACUAAAACCUAAAGGCCUGUUUCACAAUGUAUGGAUAAAGUACCAUACAUUAUACAU